GGUUGGUUAUUUAUUUGUGGGUUAGAUUUAUACCCCUCUUUUCCUCCACACUGUUAACGUGGCAUCAUUGUGGUUUGCUGCAGACACCACUGUCAGAUAGGAAAAUAAUGUAAGACCAAAUACCAUUCUUAAUAAUAAUGAUUUAUUAAAUGUACACGCCGCCCAGCUCCCAGCAACUCUGGGCGGUUUGGGAGACCUUGGACCUUCUUCUGCAUUACAUUUUUCAUGUGACCAUAGAGCUUGGUGAGUGCCUAUGUUUAUCACUUGCUAUGACUUGACUUUGGACUUUGUGCUGAGCCAAGGCCUGCUGUGGGGAUCAAACGGUAGUUCUGCAGAUCAAUUUGCCGCGAUAGAAUCCCCUUUCAGUUCCAGUCCUGGGUCACUUGGGCUGUGUUCAGUGUUUUCAGUCUUGGUGUUUGUAGUACAGUUUUGGAAAGUGAUAUAGCAAUAUGUUCCUUGUUUAAUCCCUGGCAUCUCAAACAGGCCUGACAACUUUCAGUCAGUUAGUAAAGAGCACUGACCUACCUAAACCUAUUUGAGGACUGCAGUCUGAUAUAGUUGAAACUGCAUCAGAUCCUAGUUACACUGUUUCCAGUGGAGCUUCCUAAGAUCACAAACCAAGAUCAUCAAGGCAUAAGAAAUCCUUAAAAUGAAUUAUUCCACCAAGGUCUGAUGCUGUUUUCCUAUUCCCCUUUCUAUGCUGAUGAAAUAUUUUGUUCUUUCUUUCAGUGGUAUUCCAGAGACUGUCCCAAUAUCGUGUGUUAACAGGCAGUGUUCAUCUGGGUUGCAAGCUGUGAUCAAUAUUGCUGGUGGCAUUAGAAAUGGCUGUUAUGAUAUUGGUUUGGCCUGUGGAGUGGAGAGCAUGUCUCUCGGCAGUGCUACUAAUCCUGGGGAUGUCAGCUCUCGCAUCAUGGACAACAGCAAAGCUCGAGACUGCCUGAUCCCAAUGGGAAUAACUUCUGAGAAUGUGGCAGAAAGAUUUGGUGUCUCCCGAGAAAAGCAAGACGCUUUUGCCUUUGCCUCCCAACAAAAAGCAAAUGCCAAAAUCAUAAAGAUGGACCAGCCUAAGACCUAAGAAUUUGAAGCCAGUAUUUGUUUGGCUGCACUUCACUUACUCUACAGGGCUAAACAGAGCAUCUAUUUUGUUCCUGUACAUGAGCUGAUCUUUUAGUGGUUAUCGGGGCAGCCUUUCUGCUUGAUGAUAAAGCAAUGGCUUCCAUCAAAAACUCUGGUCACCGGAGGUCCCAGUGCUGCAUAGUUGGGAAAGCUGUUCCCAACUAAUGAGCUUUUCAAAUUUAGCUAUGCUCCCAAGUAGUUUAGUUUUCAAACCUUUCCCCAUAUCAUUGCUGUGGUACUACCAAUCGUGAAACUGUAUGCACGCCCCCACCCCCCCCUUACUUUGUUCAAGCACAGGAAUCUGACAUUCUGCAUAAAAUAACACUUUUUCGGUGGAGUCCUUGGGGUUCUCUGAGCUUGGUUCUUUUCUUGCAAACAUUUCAUUACCUGGCUAGGUAACAUCUUCAGUGCUACAUUUCUUCCUUGUCAGAUUCUUCUGCUUAGGCAGACGCUUAGACUGUGGCUUCACACAGAUUUACAUUGGUCUCUCCAUCUCUUUAUCUGCUAGAUGUGUUGGAUUGCAGCAUCCACCAGGCUGACUGACAUUUUUGCACAGCUUAGCCGGCUUGAUCUGUGCAAGGCUCUGGAGACCCUUGAGUGUACUGUACCAAUGUACCAAUGCAGUUUGCUGUGAUCCAGAGGGUGCAGAUUAAUUUGAGGCUAUAAUUCUGUUCAGGUAUUAAACUUCUAGUUGUGCUGGAGAACCCAUCUUAGCUGCUUCCAUGCCAACUGGAGAAGAAUUACGCACAGUCACAAUCCAUACAGGGCAGGUAACCCAGGUUUAGGGUACAGGGUUUGCUGAAACCAAGAGCUGGCUCAGUUGCCCAUCAGGCUGGGGCACGGGCCCUUUGAGAGCAAAUGGGAUCUUGGUAAAAAGGCUGAACCAUUUUCACUUCUGAUUCUAACCUCCAGAGUCAAGGCCCAAGACACUACAAAGACCAGAUUGCAAGCUAAUAAAUCUAAGAAGGGAGGUUUUCAUUCUCCUAGCUCACUCAGCUGCUUUUAAAAGCAGCCCCUCUCAAGCUUUGUCAAUGACAAACCUGUGAGGUUUGCCCCGUUCGACAGAGAAACUCUCGUGACACGUGU